GUUAGAGUUUAGAUAAAAAAUUAUACUAUUAAAUGGAGAAGUAGAUAUAUUAAUUAGAAUAAUGUAUUCAAUAGCUUUAAUUGAAAAUGUUGACUGAUAAUAUUCUUUAUUCACCUGAGAUAAUUCCAGAACACUUAAGAUUAAUGGAUAUACCACCUUUCAUUAGAGCUAAAUUAAAGGCAAUUCAAAUUAAUCCCAAUUUAGAAAAAUAUGAAGCAUAAUUUUAAUAUGCUAAAAAUGUUGGAUUAAAUCGUAUGUAUUAAGGAUAAUGGUAUAAUGAAAAAAAGAAUGGAAGAGGAUAGGAAUAUAAUGAAAAAGAUAAAAAAUUUUUUUAUGGAUAUUAUAAGGAUGGAGUUUUUGUUUAAGGAUUAAUUAUAACAGAAAAUUAUUUAUUUGAAGGAGAAACAUAAGAUGAUUAAUUUUUAAGGGGAACUCUUGUAUAUUUAGAUGAAAGAGUUUUUUCAGGGAAAUUUUAGUAAGGAGAAUUGAAUGAUGAAAAUGGAAAUUUUCGUAGUAAUACAGAGAAAUACGUUGGAGGAUUUAGAAAUGGUUAGAAAUAUGGAAAAGGUAAAUACGAAAAUAAUGAUUUUACAUAUGAGGGUGAAUUUGUAGAAGAUAAGAUUUGUGGUUAAGGUAUAUUGAUUGAAAAGAAGAAUGGAUGGAGAUAAGAAGGUCAAUUUAAAGAUGGUCUAUUAGAUGGAAAAGGUGUUAUUAUUAGAAGUUUAGGAGAUUAUUAUGAAGGUAUAUAAAUUCUAUUAUUAUAAUCUUAUUAGGGUAAUUCAAAUAAGGAUUGAGACAUGGAUAAGGUACCUUAAAGAGAGAAGGUUAAACUUAUUAAGGAUCUUUUAUUGAAGGAAAAUUAGAUGGCUGGGUAUAAAUGACAUAGGAUAAGAGAGUUUAUAAAUGCUUUUUUGAAUUAGGUGAAGAAAAUAAAAAUAAAAGAUAAUUGAUUUCAUGA